AUGGACGAACAGCAACUCGAGUUGCGAAUGUUGAGCCGGGUCGGGCGCACGGCUUCGACCGACAUUAUAGAAGAAAGCGCCUCCCUAUCGCGAUAUAAGGUAUUAAUCGAGAAGAAGGUCAAAAGCCGGGUGACACCCUCAGUCAAAAUAGCCCUCCAAUAUUCAGUGGCGGUGUCCGAUUCUGAAACGAGCCAACAACCUGGUGAA